GUCACAUGACCUCCCACUUUCACAGUCGCCGGAUUUUGCUUGGUCUGUUACGACGCGAUGUCGAUAUUGACGGGACUGUUUCUGUGCCCAGUAGCUGCUUCUAAUGUCAAGGAACGGACCGUCGGAGACGACUACUUACUCAUUAGGAACCGUUAAACAAUCCAAUUAUUAUGCUUCGUAUAUUGUCUUCCAAGUGGACGAGUUUCAGCCGUCGGGAUUCGGUUGGAGGGAGUCUUGAGGAUGCUAGUGAAGAAGAACAGAAUGCAGAAGCAAAAGAAGUCAAAGAAAAUAGUUCCGAAGCAACUACCUCACAGAAGUCACUAUUCAAGCCGGACGGAACUUUCGACUACGAUGCCUUAUACGACGAUGGUGAGGAGAUGAACAUAUCUAUCGAGAGCCAUGGAUCUGUAGUAUCUCAUCUUUUAUCACAAGUCAAAAUAGGAAUGGAUCUCACUAAAGUAGCUCUACCAACAUUUAUUCUGGAAAGGAGAUCUUUGUUAGAAAUGUAUGCAGAUUACUUUGCUCAUCCUGACAUGUUUGUAAGGAUUGCAGAUUUACCAACUGAAAAAGAAAGGAUGGUGCAGGUUGUUCAAUGGUACCUAUGUUCUUAUCAUGCUGGCAGGAAGAGCUCCAUAGCAAAAAAGCCUUACAAUCCUAUAUUAGGAGAGAUCUUUCAAUGCUAUUGGGAUAUAUCAGCAUUUGAAAAUGAAAGUAAUGAAUCAAUGCUUGUCACUGAUGGUCCAGUUCCGUGGUGCAAUAAAGAACAGUUAAGUUUUGUUGCAGAGCAGAUUUCGCAUCACCCUCCAAUUUCAGCAUUUUAUGCAGAACAUUAUAAUAAAAAAAUUAGUAUAACUGCUCAUGUAUGGACAAAAUCGAAAUUUCUUGGUCUUUCAAUAGGUGUUCAUAACAUAGGCAAAGGUGUGAUUGAUGUUCUCAAUUAUGAUGAACAAUAUGUUGUCACCUUCCCAAAUGGUUAUGGAAGGUCUAUUUUAACUGUUCCAUGGAUUGAAUUAGGUGGAACUGUAAUGAUUACUUGUGAUAAAACUGGAUACCGUGCUGUAAUUGAGUUUUUAACAAAACCAUUCUAUGGUGGUAAAAAACAUAAGAUAAGUGGACAAGUAUUUUCGCCAAAUGAUAAGAAACCUUUUUUAACAAUUACUGGUGAAUGGAAUGGUACAAUGGAAGCCAGGUGGCAAGACGGUAGAAAAGAACAAUUUGCUAAUGUCAAUAGCUUGGCCAUCAUAAAUAAGAAGGUCCGUCCUCUAGAAUUACAAAAUGACAAUGAAUCUCGAAAACUUUGGAAAGAAGUUACUGCAGGAUUGAGGUUGAAUAAUGUUGAACAAGCAACAAAUGCAAAAACUAGUCUUGAACAAAAACAGAGACUUGAAGCACAGGAGCGGAAAGAAAUGGGAAUAGAAUGGGAAACUAAGUUAUUUCAUCGUGAUGGUAAGGAUGGCUGGGUUUACUUACACCCUCUUUCUCAGAGACUGAACUCUAAUAACUUAAUUAAAAAUAGUUGAAUAAUUAAUCAUUUAAAUUAAAUUUAGUGAAAAAAGCAUGAGCAUUAGAGAUUUAUAUUUGUAUUAUAUUGUUAAAUAAAUUAUAUAUUGUUUAUAAGUGGAUUAUUACUUGUUAAUCAAUAUUUACAUUGUUUGCCUGUGAUAUUGUUAUUCAAUAUGUUACAGUCAGAAUAUUUUAUAAAUUUGUAAAUUAAUAGUACUAGUCAAAAACUGCUUUGGACUUACCUAUCAAUUCCUGUAUCCUAAAUUAUAAAUCUUAAACUAAAUCUUAUUAUUCAUUUAAUAAACAUGAUUUGAGAUGAAUAUCAAAACAACGAAUAUAAUAAAAAUCUAUAUCACUUCCCAUUUUUCCAGUUGUAUUUUGCAUACAAGAAAAUAAACAAUGCUUAUUUUUACCAAUAGAAUGCUGAUAUGUUUUAUCCAUUUUAGUCCUGGUGCAUUAGUUCAAUGUAUGUACCAAAUUUUGAUAUUUUAUGUCUUAAUACAUCAUAUGUUUAUAAUUUUAG